UUGAGCCUUACUGUGUACUAUUCUAAAGAUUGUUUAGUAAUGGUACAGCCUCUGGACCUCGAGGGGACGUUGGGAACCCUAUCAGCCACUCGUGGCUCUACCCUUGCAUGGAUGAUAAAGUGGCGCAGAUCAGCCUUAGGCUGUUAUCCAUCGAGGGUAAGUUUACUCGAGAAUUAGGGGCCUGAAACUGGGACCUAGCAGGCCUACGGGCCCAUUUCUGGGCCUUCCGAGGCAGGAUGAGGACCCCAGUCUCAAUCAUCCCUAUCGAAUACAGGGCCCAAAAAUGGGUUCCAGCGAGCUGCUCAGUCUCGGCUCAGAUGCGCUUAGUCUCUGCUCAGGAUGCGCUCACCCAGCACAGCCACAGCUCAGGCUGGAGCGUGAGCAGCUCAGGUUCCUGGACGGGAAAGGAAAUUGCUUGGGUGCACAUUGGGAUAUCGUACUACCUAUUAGGAGAAAUCGAGAGGCUUUCAGUCAGGAGCACGUGAGUGAGGGUAGAUCACGUGGUACCAACUCGCGACGAAAAGAAGACAAAUCAGAAAUACCGAGGAAGAAUAAGCGGGAUAUAUCGGAAGUCAUUUGAAAUCACACUCACGCAAAACCAACACAGCUCCAAUGCACCAUAACAGUCUCGAAUUAUUAUCUCCGGACAUAGUUCGGCAGAAAACCCUACUUUCCACUAUCAUCCUCUCCUUUCC